CAUAAAAUUAUCCUCCCCAGUGCCUCGCUCGCUGACCGCCCCCUAACCCGCUCACUUAUAACCCAGCGCCCGCAGUUCGUAUGUUGAACUUGGCCCGCAACACCCUGAAAAGAGUCCCGAGUUUCCAGGAGAUCCUGCAGAGCGCAACCGGCAACAAGAUGAGCAACAAGGAAGAGAUCAACGUCGACGUUCUCGUCAUUGGCGCUGGCCCUACCGGCCUGGGUGCCGCAAAGCGUCUCAACCAGAUCGACAGCGCCUCUUGGUUGAUCGUCGACUCCAACAAGACUCCCGGUGGUCUCGCCUCGACCGAUGUCACCCCCGAGGGCUUCCUGUACGAUGUCGGUGGUCACGUCAUCUUCUCCCACUACAAGUACUUCGACGACUGCAUUGACGAGGCCCUGCCCAAGGAGUCUGACUGGUACACUCACCAGCGUAUCUCCUAUGUCCGCUGCAAGGGCCUCUGGGUCCCGUACCCCUUCCAGAACAACAUCUCCAUGCUUCCCAAGGAGGACCAGGUCAAGUGCAUGGACGGCAUGAUCGACGCUGCUCUUGAGGCUCGUGUCGCCGGCACCAAGCCCAAGGACUUUGACGAGUGGAUCGUCCGCAUGAUGGGUGUUGGCGUUGCCGACCUCUUCAUGAGGCCCUACAACUACAAGGUGUGGGCCGUCCCCACCACCAAGAUGCAGUGCCAGUGGCUCGGCGAGCGUGUCGCCGCUCCCGACAUCAAGACUGUCACCAAGAACGUCAUCCUUCAGAAGGCUGCCGGCAACUGGGGCCCCAACGCCACCUUCCGCUUCCCCGCCCGCGACGGUACCGGUGGUAUCUGGAUUGCCGUUGCCAACACCCUCCCCAAGGAGAAGACCCGCUUCGGUGAGCACGGCGCUGUCACCAAGGUUGAUGCUUCCGCCAAGAAGGUCACCCUCAAGGACGGCACCACCGUCAACUACAAGAAGCUCGUCUCCACCAUGGCUGUCGAUGCUCUGACCGAGACCAUGGGCAACAAGGAGCUCAACGACCUGACCAAGGGUCUCUUCUACUCCAGCACCCACGUCAUUGGUGUUGGUAUCCGUGGUGAGCGCCCCGAGCGCAUCGGUGACAAGUGCUGGCUGUACUUCCCCGAGAACGACUGCCCCUUCUACCGUGCCACCAUCUUCUCCAACUACUCCCCCUACAACCAGCCCGAGGCUUCCAAGAAGCUCCCCACCAUGUACCUUGCCAACGGCGAGAAGGCGUCGAGCUCCGAGGCUAAGGAGGGUCCUUACUGGUCCAUCAUGUUGGAGGUUUCCGAGUCUUCGAUGAAGCCCGUUGACCAGGAUAACCUCCUUAAGGAGUGCAUCCAGGGUCUCAUCAACACCGAGAUGCUCAGGCCCACCGACGAGAUUGUCUCGACCUACCACCGCCGCUUCGACCACGGUUACCCAACUCCUUCGCUGGAGCGUGAGGGUGUCCUGAAGCAGCUCCUGCCCAAGCUCCAGGACCAGGACAUCUGGUCCCGUGGCCGCUUCGGCUCUUGGCGCUACGAGGUCGGCAACCAGGACCACUCAUUCAUGCUGGGUGUCGAGGCUGCUGACAACAUUGUCAACGGUGCCGUCGAGCUGACGCUGAACUACCCCGACUUCGUCAACGGCCGCCUCAACAGCGAGCGUCGCCUGGUCGAGGGUGCCCAGAUCUUCAGGGCCACCGACAAGGCCGAUGCCGCCGGUGACGCGAAGCCGGUCGACAUUGCCGCCAACAAGGGCUUCUAAGGAAGUCUCACACGAGUGAUGUGGAUACGAUGCACCGCACGGCAAGAUCGAGGGAUGUUGCUAUGUGGAAUUGGGUAUUUGGCACGGAGCAGGGGCGGGAGUACCAGCACUUUAGAAAGGGCCUGGGUUUGUUUUCGAGGGUUAUUGCAAUGCUGUGGCACCAGGCGAGCUCUUUCUCUUUUUUCCUGCCCUCGGUGCCACAUUGGCGAUUAGAACUUUUUUUUUAAAACACUUUCUGGGGGGUGAAGGACGGACGGUUAGCCGCCGCCGUAGACGAGAUACAUGGACGAGCUGAAUGGUAGCUACG